UCCAGUUCAGUCUGUGCGUGUUCGCUGGUGACGCGUGUCUACAGGGUAAUUAGAAAAACGCACUCGUGCUGCGAAAUGUGAAUUGUGAGUCAUCAAAUGUGCGCGCCGCAUUGAAGCAGAUGACGCAUUGAAGCACUGACACGCUCUAAACGCCGACUGUUUAUAAAUAAUUAAAUUUCAUUUAGCGAUGGGGAGCAUGUGCGAGAUAGUAGGCUACCUUCGCUACGCCGGUUGUCCCGUUCCUGAGUUGGCCAACGUGUGUAUCGUAAAACGCGUGUACUUGUGAGCGAGGACGUGUAAUCGCUAAGCGGCCGUACGUUCAAAGACGGAGGAACCGUAGUGCUCCGGGUUGAAAUAGUGCUCCGAAACGCGUCUGUCAACGCCGCAAUGGUGAGCUGAGGUGAUACAGGGGCAAUGGCGAAAGUCGCGAGAGGGUCCGACUCGGUGCCCACGGUUUUGCUGUGCGAACAUUGCAGUAAUCAGACAUUUAAGCAAAUUCAAGACUUCGUUAGGCACUUGAGAGAACAGCAUUGUUCUAGAGAAGGUGGAUCUUUCGUAUGCCUCUAUGCGUAUAAUGGGGUAUGCACUAGUCUUCCCGUGGAAGGUGUUUCUGACAAGGAUUAUGUAGCGCACGCCAUGAAGCACGCAAUUAUGCAACAGCAACGAAAAAGCAAUGGCCAGUUAUCCGAGGCAGGAUCGUCGUGGACCGUGUAUUCCGCUGCGCAAAAUCUACCUGCUGUCCUAAACGAUCCGUUUAAAGGAAAACAGAGUAACUUUCUAACUCGCACUUGGGGAGAUGGAUUCGUGGAAAAAGUGGACAUUCCGAAAAGUCCGUAUCUUCCUGAGAUCACGAUGCAACAUUUCGAAAUGUAUCUGAAAAAAAUAGCAAGGAGAUAUCGGAAACAUUCGCGUAUGAAUUCGAACGCCAACAGGCCAACUACUCCGAAUGAAUUGCUCCAAAAUUUCCCUAACCUUAAGAAAGUGAAGUCAUUGGAUCGACUGCAGUUUGAUUUAGCUAAUAUUCCAAAGAUUUUCUUAGUUCCAAACCUAGAUCUUUCGCAAAAAGAUAACUUUGAUGCUGUGUUUCCAUUUGCGAAAGAUGGCCUCUUAACUGAAGAUUGCAAUAUUGUUCUGCACGUGAAGCAAAUGCAAGAGAAGCUUAGUCAUUAUCUGGACGUUGUGGAAGUUCGAAUAGCGGAACAAGUCGCGUCGAAAUCUCAAGCCUUUUUCCAUGCAAUGACAUCUCAUGAUGUGCUUAUGGAACAACUCACUCAAACUAUUACGGUUUUAAAAGCACUUAGGAAAAAUAUUCACCAAGUCGAUAAACAUCUAGUCAAGAAUUCUUUAGAAAUUUUACGCUUGGAACGCGCUAGGUCUAAUAGAUUAUUGGUACAAGAAAAAUUGAAGCUCAUGGCAACUGUGCAUCAAAGUCAACCCAUGAUACAAUUACUGUUGUCUACACCAGAUUACGUUGCGGCAUUAGACCUUAUUUCUACGACGCAAGAGAUUCUCUUGCAGGAACUGAACGGAAUACAUAGUUUUAGACAUUUAAGUUCUCAACUAACCGAAAUGGAGAAGCUUGUGGACAAGAUGCUGUCGACUGAAUUUCAAAGAUACGCAACGGCGGAUCUCAAUAGACCGUUAGGUAGCGAGAAUACCGUCAUAGACGGCGAUAAACUGGUCUCCAUAAUUUCUGGCCUACUACGUCAGAAACAUUUUCAAUUUGUGGAUACAUAUAAAGAGGAAGCUGUGACCACUGUAAGAGCCUUAACGAAGCAACGGGUGAUAGAGGCUUUGGCGGCGAGUGAUUGUUGCAGCGAUCAGCAAGCGGCAGCUCUCGAAGUGGGAGGUCUCUCUUUGACGGAAAGAUUAACUCUGCUCCACAAUACUAUACAGUCUUUUACAUUUCUUCUAUUACGAGUUAAGGCAGUUCAUGAUGUAAUGAGAGACACCGCGGACUUAUCAGCGGGACGUUUAUGCGACGGCACGUUUGAUGAAUCAGUACCUGAUCGAUUACUGACUCGAGAAGAGCAUUCGCGAGUGAUUACUAAACUCAAUGAUAUGAUUACCUCAAUAUGCGAUUAUUGCCACGAGCGAAUGGGAAAUCUACUUUCAGCUGGGACAAAUGAGAAGGAAAAAUUCCACAACGAUAAGGACAAGAUAAUUGCCGAUGUUUCGCAGAAUAAGCUAGAGGACAAAGAAUGUCAAACGUGGAACGAUAAGGGCUCUUGGUUGAGUGAUAGAGCAACAACCGCUCAAGUUUGCCAAUUAGCUAGUAUGGUCGAGGAGUUCACGUACGCUUGCGAAAAACUUUGCGGCAAACAAUGCACUGCGUUACGAUCGGCAUUUAAAGCGCAAGCGAGUAAAUUCGUACAGCGCUUUCAUAAUGAACGCAAAACCAAGCUGACGUUACUAUUGGAAUCCGAAAGAUGGAAGCAAGCCGAUGUGCCAUUAGAGUUUCAAUCGUUGGUGACAUAUGUACACGAGAAAAAGUGUUUCCCGCUUAAAAUACCCACGUGCGAGGACGGCACGAAGAAUGAGAGCGUGGAGAAUUUUAUCAUGGUUGGCGAUGAAAAAUUCGCUGUUGUCGGAACUGCUCUGAUGCUUAUGCAGAUGAUACACGAGUACUGCAGGACUGGCACCGAAUUAGUCGCCCUGUCUGGAACCAUAGGAAGGCAACUAGCCGAACUGUUGAGACAUUGCAAUUCGCGAUGCUGUCAACUAGUACUGGGCGCGGGCGCGAUGGAAGUUGCGGGCUUGAAGACCAUCACGAGCACGAUCCUCGUAUUAGCGGCGCGAAGUCUUAAGCUUAUAUUGUGGUUUAUGCCUUUUGUGAAGGCACACUUUCAAACACUCACGGAACAAAAUCCAAGCCGAGGACUCAUUGGCACAUCUGGUAUCAGCGGAGGAGUAGCUCUGUUGGAUAGCGUCGAAAGAGAUAUUCGCGCACAUGUUCGUGAAAUCGAAGGAAAAAUCCUCAUUAUCGUGGAUAAUCUAUUAGGCAAGCAAAUAUCUAAGUGGACAGCAAGACCUCCCGUGCCAUCCAAAUCUUUCAGAAAUAUUUCUAGUUAUCUAAUGAAACUUCACGAAGCCGUCUCUGGAAUUUUGCCUACCAUCGAAGUACAAUCCCUUUAUCGUACCGUAAAUUCGUCAUUCAAGGAGAAGCUUCGAGAGCAGCUGGUUAUGAUGAAUAUAGUAAAUAAUGGUGGCCCGCAGCACGGCGUGGUUACGUCGGAGCUUACGUUUUAUCUUGAAGCCUUAAGAAAAUUAAAGGUUCUACCGAGCGAAGAGUUAAAUGACAAUUGGAUGAGUGACAUAUGGACCAGAUAACAUGCAGAGCGCGUGAUAUACUGCAUUAUAGAGGCAAUGAAAUAUUAUAGAAAGAGAUGACUAAAAAAAAAAUCUGUACAUUCGUCUUCCUUUGUAUUAUUUAUUAUAUUCUAAAUAUGAAACAUGUGGUGACACAAGGUUCAAUGGAUUUCGAGAAAGAGAAAUAUCGGUCGAAUUAAAUUUUGAACAUUAUGAGCAUUUUGAAUAAUUAUUGAUAAAUUAUUAUGUUACAGGCAGAUUGCGAUAUAAUUUUGCUAGUUUAGUGUGAGAAGAAAUAAAGUAAACAAGAUAUUUCUACGAAAUGGAUAUUCAGUAUCUCGAAGUCUCGAAGAAAGAAUUUGACAAACACUAAUUAUAAUUAGCUGAUCUUGUAUUGAGCCAAACAAUAUUAAUUCCUUUUAAUGAGUAUUAUUGCUCAUGUUUAAAACUAUAGUUUUAUGGAAAUAUUAGAUAAUGUUAUAAUGUCAAUAUAUUGACCUCCCUUUCAAGUUUUACCGACCAGUGUUCAAACAAAAUGGCAGUAGAAUAUAUAUACAUAUAUAUGUAUAUGUACAUAUAUAUCUAUAUAUACUAUCAUGUAGAUAUAGUUACAGAAAUUUUAAGAAUAUUAUUUUUCAAAACAAAUUAACAAAAAGAUUGCAGAAAGAAACAGCUAUUUAUUUACUUGUAAUUUCACAUUACAUUUCGCAGACGUUUCGGCAUAAGAUGGUGUUAUAAUAGGACCAAAUGUAGUAACUUGUAAGUUUUUUGUAUGAUACUGUGCGUGCAGUGUUUUUGAAGUUAUUUGUUUCUUUAAAAGAUAUUUUGUUUAUAAUAAAGUUUCAUAAGAGUAAUUAGAUUCAACCAAAAUGUGUGGAAUACAAUAUAAGUGACAUACAAAUUAAACUAAAAAAAAUGAACAAAUGUUUUAAUUACUAUGUAUCUAUUAUGUAAAUCAAAUUGUGCAUUGAUUAUAUAAAUCAAAAUUUAAAGUAGCAAUAUACGGCCGCAUCUAAGAGAAAUUAUAACAAAAAUGUAUGCGAUAUUUGCCAGUCUCAGUUCUGUAGGAAAAAAAAUGCAUAAUAUAUAACAAUAAUGUUUUCCGUAACUGAUUUAUAACAAUGCAAUUCUUGUGUAAUUUGUUAGUUAUGAUAAUUGUACAUGGAAGACAAUGUGUUUUUCUAAUUGUAAAAACAUUUUCGGCUACUACUUUAGAAACUACCUGCACCCGCAUAUAUAUAUAUAUAUGUAAUAAUAAUUUAUAAAAUGUUGAAUAUUGUCGUGAAUUGUAAGAUGCAUUCCAUUCCUGAUUUUAUCUAGUCCAAGUUGUACAUAUGCAAGGAGGAUUACAUUAAAAAAAUAAUUGAUUUAAUUUAUAUAUAAAUUUGUAAAAUACGCGCGUUAUAUGCGCGUUAUGAUCCAAUGGAAAUGUAUUAAAGUUUUGUUGCAAA